AAGACAUUGACGUCUGCAAACUGCCCGUCGAAGAGGGACAGUGCAGAUCCCACAUGCGCCGGUUCUACUUUGACGCAAGUGAUGGCACCUGCAAGUCUUUCAUCUACACUGGAUGCCGUGGGAACGAGAACAAUUUUGAUUACGAGGCGGAUUGUUUGGGAACGUGCAGCAGUUCAGGUAUGGUUCGUUUUUUUGCAUGCAAUUUGCAUGAACAAACUAUAUGUAACUCAAAAAAUUGGAGGUCACCUUUCAGAGGAAACGCGAGCCUCCAUGUGUCUUUCAAAGGUGGUCCGGUCACGCUUCCGGCGCUAA